AUGUCCGCGCAACAAUCACGACCUGAAGGGUACCGUAUUAGUGCGCCGGAUGGUACAGGUAGUCUUGGUGGUGCUGAAGCCACUAUUAAACAAUUACGAUCGCAGAAUGAUCAGCUGUGGAAAAUAAUAGAGAAGCAAAAGACCAUAAUAACCAAUCUACAAAAGGAUAAUCAAAAAUUGGCCCAUGAAAGAGAUAAGCUUCUUAUAAGAAUUAGAGACAUAGAUACUUUUGAACGUUCUGAGGAGAAUAUUAUUAAAGGUGGUAAUGAAAUCAAAGUAAUCUCGGACAAUGUUAAUAAUAAUACAUCGACUUCUGAUGCCAUUAGAAUACGAACCAGCACACCACCACCACAUACAUCACGUCUAUCGAAAUCGUUUCCUCAAGUACAAAAACAACAGAUAGAAACAGAGCUACUAACGCAAAACUCUCAAUUACAACAUCAAGAUUCUGAAACUUUAAUAAUAUCUGAAACUACUUCAAGUCUAAAUGUGUCUAAUGAAUCGAAUUCACGUAAUCUUCCACCUGUUGUUGUUCAUGAGCCUUCUCCUGAAAGAUUAAACUUUGAGCAUGAAAAGGAUUCGGAACACCAACUUGAUGAGACACCAUCACGGAGUGAUAGUAAAUCUGCAUCAAGCCAAAAUGACAUUGUUACCUUAAAUUCAACUAAUACGAUCAAUCCUCGGCAGUCUUUGCUAGAUAAUAAUAUUUUAGGUUCACCUAUAGAUAUGCCAAUCUCGCCUUCUCCUCUCAAUUUGGACCAAAGUUCACAAAAUUCUAGGCUACAACAUACGCAUUCAUCUCAUCAAAACCCACCUUCACCAUCAAUGUCAACUAAAUCUUCAGAAUCUGAAAGCUUAAGCAGCGGAAGUUGCAGUCGACAUAGACGUCAUAGCACAAUACAAACUAUCGAUACUGAAUUGGAUAUUUUAGAAGAUACUGAUGCUCAUGUCCAGUUUCCUCAACCUCCUUCGAAAGAUUCUUCUACAAAACCUUCAAACCAGCAUAUUAAUAUUCAAAGUUCAGAAGGUGAUGAGAUUUCUGACAUUCCACAAGAUUCAUCUAUUCAAAGUCUCAAAAAAGUUCCUGAGCCUUUAGGGUUAGCACCGCUAACACAAAAGUUAGGAACGCCUCAACGUUCUCCUGGUCUGCCAUCCUCCCCCAAGGCUUACAUGUAUAGCAAUGAUGAACAGGCAGCUCAGAGAACAAGCAAUGAAAGUGACGCAACUGCAUCAUCGAGAAAUGUUAUAAUUAAUCAAGAUAAUUUGAACUAUAAUAAAUAUUUGCAAAGUUUUGGACACAACCAAGUUGUAGAUAGGUCACAACCAAUUAGAUCACAUUCAUUACCCACUAGUGAUGAUAAGACAUCUCAUGAAAAGUCUGAAGAUGAAAGAUCAUGGAGAGAUUCUCAAGCCAGUAAUAAUGAAUCUUUGGAUACUAGUUUAAAGGAUAGAUCACUUAGAGCAAGUAGAUCGUUUAGUCAUGUUCCCACAGGACCGCGAUCCCGUAUAUCAAUGAUGCCGCCUCCUCACGGAGGAUAUCCAGAAUUUCGAAAUCCUAAUCCCAAUAAUGUAUCUUUACCUAACCAGGGGCAAAUCGAUAAUCCCUCAGUAAAUCUAUCACAAGGACAACAGUGGCAAUCUUUUCAGUCACAUCCUCAACAAACUACUGCGUCUUCAUCACAACAGUCACAAUUAUCACCACGUUCAGAAACUUCUACACCUUCGAUCACUUCAGAUGCCAUAUCUGGAAUUGCUGUAAAAGUCGUUGGUAGUAAUAAAAAAACCAAUGACAAGGGAAAAGAAGUGUUGACAUUCAUUAUUUCUGUUGGGCAGGCAAGAGUAGUUGAUGGACGCAUUGUUGGAAUGGAAAAAGAACUUCAUCUUGGAUCAAUUCGUUUAACACACGCUCAAAUUGGUCGGCAACAAUCUUCGAAUGAUACAGAUAAGGAUAACGAAAAUUCUUAUCGACAUGCAUUCUUAAUUUUGGAACCAAAACCUGGGUCAAAAACACAAAAUACACGUCAUGUAUUAUGUGCAGAGAGCGAUGCAGAAAGGGAUGAAUGGGUAGAAGCUUUAUUGCAAUAUGUCGGAGUUACCGAAGAAGAGGCACAGAGAAGACGACAAAAGAAAGAAAAGGAAAAACAAAUAAAAGAUACUAAUAAAGCUGAAAGGAAAAAAGGUAAUAAUGAUUCAAUAUCGAGUACAAGUGUUUCAGUUAGUCAGAUUCAAAAGCGUGCCAGCAUGUUGGAGGAAAUUGAACGUAUAAGGAAAUAUAGUGGAACACCAGAACCUAGGGAUGUUUCACCUUCAUCUUCGCAAGUUGUUGCCGUUGUUAGCAGCAAUAAUUCAUCUCUGGGGCAAUCUAGUACUAGGCGUGACCGACCACAUGACGAUCAAAUUGCUGAAAAAAGAAAAAAUUCGCGCAAGACUUUCUUUGGCAGCAUGUUUGGCAGCAAAGAUGAUAAAAAAAAAUACAAUGAAAUACGACCUGAUAUCUCAAAAAUAGUUUUCGGUAUUCCUUUGGAUCAAGCAAUUGCAGUUGCGCGCAUAAAAGAAGGGUGUAUAGAAUAUCUGGAUGCGAAUGAUGCAGAUAAAGAAGAAGGCAUUUACCGCCUUAGUGGUGCUGCCAUGACAUUAAAACAUUUAAAAGAUAGAUUCAAUUCUGAAGGUGAUGUCGACUUACUUAACCAAGGAGAGUAUUAUGAUGUGCAUGCUGUAGCCGGAUUGUUGAAGCUUUACCUGAGAGAACUACCUACAAGUGUUCUAACCCGAGAAUUACACAUGGAAUUUGUAAACGUUGUUGAUCUUCUCGAUCGACGAGAUCGUAUUAAUGAACUUGGUCGUUUAGUUUCGUCUCUUCCUUUAGCCAACUAUACAUUGCUUCGGGCACUGACAGGUCACUUAAUUAGAAUUGUACAAAAUUCUGAUAUUAAUAAGAUGACAGUACGUAAUAUUGGGAUAGUUUUUUCUCCUACAUUGGGUAUCCCAGCCGAUAGUGAUGGUGUUGCUGCUCCAAAAACUAUAGAAGCAACACCAGAAAAUCACGAAAAAGAUUAUUAUCAACCUUCAACAAAUGAUUUUUCAUCCGAAUCCACCUCAGAUAAUCAACAAUUGACAAAUGUUAGUCCGAAUGAAGAUACAAGUUCACCUACUGCUUUGUCACCUAAAACUGCUUUACGAAAACGUGAUAUACGUGAAGAAAUUACGGGCAGAAGCAAUCGAAAUAGUGUUCAUUAUAUGGAUAGUGCUCCUGAAGUUGUGGUCGGGUUAGAACGGAGCCUUCGCCGAAACGAGCGGAAUGAUGAUUCAUCAGAGGAAGAAGUUAAUGAUCUCGCUCUUCAGGUUGAGGAUGUUGACUAUGAUGCAGAGAGCGUUUCAUCGGCUUCAGUUGAAGAAUUUGUCGCAUCCUCACCGCCGGAUUCUUCAAACUUAUCGUUAUCAUCUCCUCGGAUACUAGCACCACCGUCUCCUCGGACAUUAGCACCAUCAUUACAAUUGCCAGAAUCAAAUUAUUACGAAAUGUCCGAUGAAGUAUCAGAAACACAAAAAUCUGUGACAGGCUAUGUCGAUGAUGUCAAGUUACCUGCUUGA